AAAUUAACUUCUACCAAUUUAAAUUUUCCCUUAAUUUAAAGAAAUCGAAUUAAAAUAAUUCCUUAAUCUCUUUAGUGUCGUGCAUUCUUAUCAAUAGAAUUUAUGUCUAGUAAUUUAUUUGGAAGGGUACUUUUAUAGCGUGGCAGCACGACUUAAACAAGAAACGUUAUUAAAUUAAUAAAAGGAAAGGAGUUGCAUCGUAUCCUUGAAAACAGCGAUUGUCUUCCUUGACAUGAUAUCAGGCUAGGAAGCGCAGCCCGAAGCUACUACAUCCAGAAGGACAACUACCUGUUCGUUAUCGUACUCACUGACUAUAUAUAUACACACACGCAAAGGUGCCGUACGUCACGUUUGUUAAUGCACAGUCGAGCGAGCAUGUUGGGAUUUCGCAGCUCUCUCUUCAUCUUUAUCUCCUUACUUGUCACACAAAUUGCAGAAAUUCGUUGCAAAAAGAAUUUCAUCGUCAUCUCGCCGAAAGAAUUUGAUAUCGGAGGGAAGGAAUCGCUCCACGUGACUCUAAUUGAUGUGGAUACGCCCGGAAAAGUAACCAUUCGACUAAUAAAUAAUACAGGGACAUUAUUUAGCGAAGUAAAUCAAGAUUUUGAAAAAGAAGGGAGUAAGAAAGUGGAACUGGAAGUUCCUAAAGAUUUGGAAAAUGAGCCCUUCAAUUAUUAUCGCCUUCAAGUGGUUGGGAAGUUUGGAGAUUACGAAUUUGACAAGAACGAAACAGUAAAUUUAAGAAAUCGCAAGGAGUUAGUGUUUCUGAGUACAGAUAAACCAUUCUAUAAAGCUGGACAAACAGUUAAAUUCCGAGUUUUUAUUAUAAAUUCCGAUUUAAAACCGCUGAAAGAGACUCCGGUUGGAAGCGUAUGGAUAACCGAUAACAAUAGAAUACGUAUAGCGCAAUGGAUGAAUAUCACAUUCGAUAAUGGCUUUAUUCAUCAAGAGCUCGAACUUCCUGACGAACCAGUUCUUGGUACUUGGACUCUUCAUGUUCAAAUCGAUAAACUUUACACUGUCAAAUAUUUUAAUGUUAAGGAAUACGUGCUUCCAACGUUCGAAGUCAAGAUCAUUCCACCUCGUUACUUCUUCAAGGAUCAGCAGAAUGUCACGUGGAAAAUAUGUGCAAAGUACACGUACGGUAAACCCGUUCAAGGGAAGCUGAUAACUGAAUUAAAAUUAUCGCCAGCUUAUUAUUAUAAACCGGGACCCACUUUAAGGAAUGAAGAAGAGAUUAGCGGAUGUACGGAUAUCACUAGAGAUAUAAAGGAACUGUACGAAUACCGUGAAUACGGAUACAACGGUUUGCAACUGUUCGCUGAAGUUACAGAAGAAGGAACUGAUACUAAAGUUAACGCAAGUUCUAAUAUUUAUCCUUCUACCAACGAGUAUACUAUAACGAGAGAAAACUAUCUUCAGUAUUUCAGAGCUGGAAUACCAAUCCGUACCAAGGUUAAAGUUCAGAAACCAGAUUCCACGCCUGUUGCAGGGGAAGCUCUUCGUGUUUGUUGUGUGACAAAGAGGGAAAACUGGAGGAACAAUCGACAAAUGACAGAUAAUAGUAACACCUGUAAAACGUAUAAAACUGAUGAGAAUGGAACUAUUGUGAUCACCGUUCCACCUCAACCAUCCAACACACUGGACAUCAGCAUUGAAGUAAAACCAGAAGACGAGAAGAAAACCAACAUACAGAGCCUCAGGUUUAGUUUGUCGCCCUGGUUUUCUCGUACUGGUCAUAAUUUACAAAUAGAACCGAUACAAUCUGCCGUAGAAUGCGGGAGUGAGGCCGAAAUUACUGUGCUGUAUACGAGCAAAGAAUCCGAGACUAGAAAAAUUUACUAUCAGGUUGCAUCGAAAGGCGACAUUGUCGACGAUGGACUUCUGACCUAUACUUUCGAUCCGAAAGACGAUCUUUUGGGACAGACAGACGAUACGUAUUUAGAUUUUUCACCAGAUUUAGCAUGCGAGAAAGAAGAGAAAUGGGAUAAUAAAUUUCCAAGUUUGGAUCAUCUUGGAAAAUUCACUUUAAAAUUGAAUAUCGACUUUAAAAUGUCACCCAGAGCCCGAUUGCUCCUGUACAGCGUGACUGAAGAUGGAAAUGUCUACGCAGAUUCCACUAGUUUUAAUGUUAAACCCUGCUUUAAAAAUCAGGUGGAGAUGAAAUUUGCUGAUAGCAGACAAUUUCCUGGAGCUAAAACGUCCAUACACGUAUCAGCAGCACCGCAAUCCGUAUGCAGUAUUGGAGUUGUAGAUAAAAGUGUUUAUUUACUAGAAGGGGGAGACGUUCUCACUAAAUCAAAGAUUUACGACCACUUGAGAACGUUGGAUACUUCAGAAUACGCACAUCCUUAUCAAAGAACAUCCGAUUACGAGUACUGCUCCAAGAAGAAUAAAUCAACAGAACCUCUUGGCUUUGUAGAUGCCAUUACAGCUUUUACGAAAUCUGGAAUGAUGAUAUUAUCUGAUUUGGAAUUGGAAACAAGACCUUGUAAGCCUUCAUUUUCGUGGGGAGGAAGAUACGGAAUAAGAUCCUGUCCUCAGUACGAACCAUCAUACGUAGCACUCUCUUCUCCUAAUCCGCAGAGUUUUAAUAGAGGUAAGCCAUAUCUAACUACCUCUGUAUCAGGGGGUGGUGGAUUUGCAGGAAUGCCAGGAUCUCCUGGAAUAAAUUUGGAAUCGCGACCUCUUUCUUCUGAAGAUAGUUCGGAUAGAGGAUCAGUAGGAUCACUCGACCAAUCAACAAAUACUGUUCGUGUUUACUUCCCAGAAACGUGGUUGUGGGGACUUUAUUUUGUAGAUAAAGAGGGUAAUCUAUUCUUAAAAGAAAACAUGCCAGACAGUAUUACAGAAUGGGAAGGAACUUCUGUUUGUUUACAUCCUGAUGCGGGUGUAGGAGUAUCCGAUCCAGCAUCCAUCGUGGGUUUUCAACCAUUCUUCACUUCGGUCACUCUACCAUAUUCUGUUAUUCGUGGAGAAAUCUUACCUGUUAUUGUCACCGUAUUUAAUUACCUAAAAGAAUGUUUACCAAUUCAGAUAACGUUAGAUCAAACUGAUGAUUUCGAAUUGCACAAUGGUACACUCAUCAGUAAUGAAUGUGUUUGCGGUGAUAAAAGUGUGACGAGACGUUUCUUUAUCAAGCCAAAAACUCUAGGAACUGUAAACAUCACUGUUACUGCAGCUACUGUUAAAGAUGAGGAAUUAUGCGAGAAUUUCGACGUUGCAGACAUCAGCAGAAGCGAUUCUUUAACAAAACCUUUGAUAAUAGAAGCAGAAGGUUUCCCUAAAGAAGAAACCAAGAAUGUAUUCUUCUGCAUGGAAGAUGUUGAAGACAAUGUUUUUAAAGCCGAACAUGAACUCUUACAAAGUGAAGAUUUAGUGGAAGGAUCAGACAGGGCUUACGUUUUCGUCACAGGAGAUGUCAUGGGCCCAACUUUAGAAGGAUUAGAAAGAUUAGUCAGAGUACCAACGGGAUGUGGUGAACAAAACAUGAUCACUCUCGUACCUAAUAUUGUGGUCUUGGAUUAUUUGAAAAGUACUAACAGAUUGACGGAAAAAAUUAGGCAAAGUGCUAUAAAUAAUAUAAAACAAGGAUAUAGACGACAACAGAAAUACAGACAUUUUGAUGGAUCUUACAGUGCUUUCGGUGAGCACGAUCCAUCUGGAAGCAUGUGGUUGACUGCAUUCGUACUUAGAUAUUUUGUAAGAACUUCAGACUAUAUAGAUAUUGAUAAGGAGGAUUUAGAACGUAGCAGCAAAUGGAUAAUGUCUCGUCAACUACCUAAUGGUUGUUUUCCUGUAAUUGGCAUGGUUCAUCAACAACAAAUGAAAGGAGGGGUUAAACAAGAUAAUCCAGCAACACUCACUGCUUACGUUUUGGCUUCUCUUCUUCUUCAUGGAAAUGUUAACGAGUCUGUGAUAACAAAAGCUAAAGAAUGCAUUCAAGCUAAAAAUAAUCCAAGUAGUUAUGAUUUAUCUAUUUUUGCAUUUACCGCUGCUUUGGCCAAUGAUCCCGAUGCAAUAACAUAUCUAGAAGAAUUAAACAAGAAGGCAGUGUCCGAAGGUCUCUCUGUUUAUUGGGAAAACAAGGACAAAUCUAUCGCUAUAGAAACAGCAUCUUACGCCAUAUUAGCAUCUCUAAGAUUAAGUGAUGAAGAACAUUUCAGAAGGACGGGACCGAUUGUGAGAUGGUUGUCUUUACAGAGAAACUCCUAUGGAGGAUUCAGGUCUACUCAAGAUACCAUUAUGGCCAUACAAGCAUUGGGAGAAUAUGCCGUUCGUGUCAACCGUCACGAUCUGAACAUGGGAUUGGCUGUUAAGGGUAACGAUUUAGACGAAAUCUUCCAAUUAAACGAAGGAAAUGAACUUCUGACACAGAGAACUCGAGUACCCACUUUGCCUACUGGCAUCGAAUUGGAAGCCAAAGGACAAGGUUGUGCUCUGGUACAGAUUGUGCAUCGCUAUAACGUUCCAAACACAGAAGAAAGCGAAAAUUUCGUUUUGUCUAUACAAGCUCAAAGAAAACAGGAAUUCUGUAACACAGCUUCCAUCAACAUCUGUGCCAGCUUAAGCAAGGCACAGAAUGAAUCGAAUAUGGUUGUCUUGGAAAUUAAAAUGAUUUCGGGAUUCGAAGUUUAUGCACCAUCAGUUCAAGAACUACUGGGUAGAUCCGAACUUGAAAUCAGGAGGUACGAAAUUAAGGAUAAUCAACUCAAUCUAUACUUUGUUCAGUUGAGAGAACAAAAUAAAUGCUUUUCUUUCGACGUCGAUGAGAAAAUAGUCAUUGAAAACAGACAACCUGCCAUUGCUAAGUUAUACGAUUACUACAAUCAAGAAGACUCAGCAUCUGCUUCUUACGCCAUAAACAACGAAUGCAGGAUAUCUGCAUAAUUCCAUCGAAAUCGAUUUUAUAAAUAGCAUAUAAACUUUAGAAACCAUUUAAAAUAGCUUCUUAACGUCUUUAAUACGUGUGCCAUUUAAUUUUCAUAUUUUGCAUUUUAAAUCAAUAAAUUUAUCUACCAUUCAAUGUA